AUGCAAAGAGAUACAUUUAUGGCUUCAUUCGAUGCAUUUAAAUUAUAUUUAACUGAUAAUAUUGGAAUCAUAAAAAGUUUGGAUCUUUCAGCUAUUUUGACACGACCACUUUUGAUUACUCAUGCACCUGAUGAAAACUAUGCUCAUGGUUUUCUUGAAUCAUGUGCUCCUCGAUUUUGGGUAUUAUCCGAAUAUCAAUCACAUCGAACUUAUAUUGAUCCAACAAAAAUUCAGAUCUAUUAUACAUCAGUAGUACUGGAGAAUCUUUCGUCACAUUGGAGGUAUUAUCAACAACAAUCUGACGGAACGUAUCUACCAACAAGAAAAUGGGAACAAAUGAUUCAACCGAUGUUUUCUAUAUAUCCAUUAUUAACAUAUAGAUCAUUCAAUAAUAAAGCUGUUAUGUUCCAAUAUGCAUUAGUUCCAAGUUUUCGUGGUCGAACAGCAGCUUGGGGUUAUAAUUAUCCAGAUAGAGUAGUAAAAUCAUAUCCAUUUCCAACUGUCAAUUAUCGUCGAGCUUAUUUAGCUUAUUCUGAAUGGAUAUUGAAUAAUUUUAAUCUCAAAUCAAAAUUUCAAUUAACAUCAACUCAAGAAGAAUUACAAGAGAAGAAAAUAUCAGAAUACGUUCCUAUUUGUAAUCAAAUAUGUUCUAAUCAAAAGAAAACAAAUCCUUCAUCAAAUGAAUUUACUGGUGAAUGGAUUGUUGUUUUAAAUCGUGCUGGUGUUGCCCGUCGUGAAUUAAUAAAUGCUGAUGAAUUAGUUAAUGGUUUGUUAAAAGCAUUUCCUGAUCAUUCAAAUCCAUAUUUACGAGUUUGGCCAAAACAAUUUAAUUUUAAUGAUAAUCUGUACGAAACAGCACGUAUGGCUCGAUCAAUACGUUUAUCAAUUGGUGUUCAUGGAGCAGGUUUAUCGAAUACUAUAUUUAUGAGACCAGGAGCAAUACUUUAUGAAAUAAAUCCAUAUGGCUGUCGUCAUUUAUCAUUUAAUUUUCGUCGUUGGGCUGAAGUAUUUAAUCUUCAACACGCUUUAUGGAUUCCAUCCGAAGAUCAUAAUGGAAGGACAGAUAAUGUUUGUGAUCGUGAAUCAUCGACAAUAUUAAAUGUAAAUGACAUCGUUAACGAAGUAAAAGAUUUGAUAAAAGAUGAAGCUGAAUAUCGAAAUGGUUAUAUACGACGAGCAUUACAGAUAAUGAAUGAUACGUCAAUUGUCGAUCAUCCACCAUCAGGAUUCGAAAACAUUUUGUAG